CUUCAUGUCGCCUUGUUUUUCCAGUUUUAUUAGAUUUGUUUUAAUUGCAUCUGCAGAUUGGGAAUGAUAAUUAUGAAUUACUAUCAACCCCUCCGUGCUGAACAACAGGGAAGAGUGAUUGUUAUUACCAUCUUACAGAUUCAAUUUAUUAAACUAAUAAAACAAGGGGGCAUAGACUUUAUUUAUAAUAGGUUAUUUCAGCUACUGCAAUCCUAAGUUGCCAGAAUAUUGAAAAUAGAAGUUUUUUUUCCGUAUUAUUUGUCUACAUUAAUGCUUCUUUUGUGUUUUUCGUGUAAUAUCUAGUAAUAUUUAUGCCUGUUACUGCAGCAGCUGCGAGAGAAUGGAAAAGGUCCUUCGCAAAUCAGUCGUGGAGGAAUUCCCAGACAGAGGGAGUCCUCGAAGGCCUGUCUACUGUUUAACUAAAAUUAACCCUUAAAAAUAUCCAACUGUUACAUUUCAAACAAGAAAGUUAAUGAAUUACAAGUGAAACUAAAUGUUUCUACGAACUGUGGAGUAUGAUUUAAGGAUAAUUAAUUGUUUAUUGUUAUUUAUUGUCAUUUUACACCACUAGACUGAGGAUUGAUUUCCUGCUAAAUCAGUUGCUUCCAGCUCCAGGUCUUUGUCGCAUCAUGUCCUCUGUGAUAAUGGCAGCAUAAUUCGCUGCUGUCAGAAAAACAGUAGCUAUAUGGUGGCUCAUCCAAGAUUGAGGUCAAGAACCACUGAUCCAGAACAUCUCGGCAGAAUUAGUGCAGCAAGAGAACCAGGGGAAGGAAGCCUCUGGAGAGAACAGGACACACAUCCUGCAGCUGGAAUUCCGCGGCCAAAGAGAUCCUCACGCUGUGUGCCAUGUCUGCGAUGGGCCUGCUUACUUUUCUGAUACCCACACUGCUCGGCCUUCAAACUUGCGCUGGCUUUCAGGUGCAGGUCCCAGAGCUGCCAGUGGUGGCACUGUUUGGCCAGGAUGCCACCCUGAACUGCUCUUAUGGCCCCAGUGGCACGUCCAGCCUGUCGGAGCUGACGGUGUUCUGGCAGCUGACAGACAGCAGGCGGGUAGUGCACGGCUUCUGGGGGGGGCGUGACCAGCUGGCUGAGCAGGGGCAGGCCUUCACCAACCGCACGCGGCUGUUCCACGCCGAGCUGGGAUCCGGCAACGCCUCGCUGCAGCUGCGUGCCGUGCGCGUCGCUGACAGUGCCGGCUUCACCUGCUUCGUGAGGCUGGGCAUGUACAACAGCGGCUCCAUGCUGCUGCAGGUCGCCGCACCUUUCUCUAGGCCUGUGGUGGACCUGCAGUCAGGCUUGAACCUGCGGCCAGGUAGCCUGGUGUCCCUGGCCUGCAUGGCACACGGCGGCUUCCCAGAGGCCGAAAUGCAGUGGCUGGAUGGUCGUGGGCACACCCUGAAUGAUAACGUAACGACCUCUCAGGUGGCCAAUGAGGAGGGCCUCUUCAGCGUGCACAGUGUCCUGCGGGUGGUGCUGGAGCCCAACAGCAACUACAGCUGCAGGCUGCGCAACCCACUGCUGAGGCAGGAGGCACAUGCCUCCGUCACGAUGACAGCUCAGGGGCCGGCUUUCCCACUGGUGGCACUCUGGGCAACGGUGAGCCUGGCCGUCUGCCUCGUGGGCCUCCUGGUGGCUUUGGCAGUCAUCUGCCGGAGAAAGAUCAAGGAGAGCUGUGAAGAAGCAAGAGCAGCUGCAGAGGGUGACCCUGAAGAAGCUGAAUCCAAAUCAGCCAUGGUGCCUGCAAACAGCUGAAGGAUACAGAUUCGGUGGAAGAGGGUCUUCUGCACUCAGUGAUGAAAAGAGGUUCUCUACUCACUGCCCCCGUUGCAAAACGCUGAAGUUGUAGAGGAUCUGAUGGACAGCCUGCUUUUGUGCCUUUUCAAACUCUCUGUUCAGCGAAACGCAGCUUUCACUGGGCAGCCUUUGUAUGUUUCGCUUUUUUUAGAUCAGUCUGUCACUUUGAACAGGCAAACUGUUUCACCCAAAAGGAGCGGGCCUGGCAAUAUGGCUUAAUUCUGCUGGUCCCCCUCCUCCCAGUCCUCCUCCUCCGCCUUCCACGGUAGGCUGAAUACAAGCCCCUCAUCUUAAAAGCACAUCAUUUUUGUCAUUGUUGGGAGGUAGGGGACGAGCUGUGCCGCUGGGUGGCAUUUUGGGAUCGUGAGAAGUUUUAGGAUGGCGAGGUGCUGACAUCAUACCUCUGAUCAAAGCACAGUCUUAUCUGCUUCUGAAAAUAUGCAGCUGAUUUAACUGAUAAUGCGUGUAAACAAUAAAUAAAUAAAUAACCUGA